CGAGCUGAAUUCAGUAUACCGGAGACGGAGCUGAUGGAAGCAUGGAACAUCAUGAGAUCAAGGCAAACACUGCCAAGCAAAAGUCAGUAGACGUCGAACCGAGAAAGGACAAUAUUCUGGAUGCGUUGAUCAUUAACAUUGGACAAUGUGGACGCUUUCAAAUUAUCAACUAUGUGAUGCUCUGCCUGCCUAUCAUUUGCAACGCCUUCUACUCAGUAUCCUAUGUGUUCUCAGCCAGUACUGUGGGCCACAGGUGUAGCAUAAGUGAAUGUGAUAAUCUUACUAGCAAAUUUAUUGAGCCUUGGCUAAACUUCUCUAUACCGGAGAAUAAUGGUAAAUGGGAUGAUUGUGAACAUUAUGAAGCGUUAUCCGGGAUGAAAGGAACUUGUGAAUCUCGCUUUUUUAACAGCAGUCGCAGAGUUGCUUGCGAUGCGGGCUACAAAUUUAAGGAUAGAGAGAAUACUAUAUCAAGGGAGUUUGGCAUCUUUUGCUCAGAUAAAUGGAAACUUUCGAUGGUCGGAACUGUCAACAAUGUUGGACAAUUCGUGGGUAUACCAUUGGGUGGAUAUCUAGCAGAUCGCUACGGUCGCAAAUUAAUACUUGUUAUUACUGGAGUAUUGAGUGCACUGUGUGGACUAGCGAGAUCUUAUGCUCCCGAUUACUAUACUUUCCUAUCGUUUGAGUUUUUGGAUAUGGCUGUCGGCAGCACAUUGUAUCCCACAGCAUUUCUACUGGCAAUCGAAUUUGUUGGUCCCAAACAUCGAGUGUUAGCCGCAACAUUCAUUAGCUCCACCUACGGUCUGGCAGAGGCGGGAAUGGGAUAUCUGGCUGGUUAUAUUCUGGAUUGGCGAGUGCUGCUUCGUUUACUUUACACUCCAGCUCUGCUGCAUCUGAUUUUCAUUUGCUAUCUACCCGAGAGUGUACGCUGGUUGCUCAGUCAAUCGAGGGAAGAGGACGCCAUUCACACUUUACGACGAGUUGCACGAAUCAAUCAGCGAUCUUUGCCAGAAGAUCAGCUUAACGAGUUGAUACGAACCAAUCGUGAAUUAUUGGCUAGCUCGAAAGCAAGUCAAGGUCAUUACAGCGCUAGACAGAUUUUUGGUGCACUUGGAUUGCGCAUUGCACGGUGCUGUUUCUUAUGGUUCACCAACACUUUAAUCAGUCUAGGAUUAACCCUCAACUCCGUUGGAUUGAAUGGAAAUAAAUUCCAGAAUUUCAGCAUGGUGGGAUUUAUGCAGUUGCCGGGUAUCGUGCUUAGCAUGCUGUUAAUGCAUCGCAUUGGACGUCGUUGGACCCUAAGCAUGUUCCUCAGUUCUUCUGCUGUUCUACUGCUGGCAAUGACACUUUUUUGCAGAAGGUAAUUGAUAAUUGACAAUAAAAA